AUGAAGUACACGCGCCAGCUUCUCGGGGGCACUGCCCUCGCCCUGUUCACCGGCCUGGCUUCGGCCUUCAGCGGUGGAUGGGUUGCCGUGCAGCAGGAGCUCGAGAUUGCUGCCCAGAUGGGCCUGGAUCCAGAGGUCGUCUUUGCCGGCCGCAAGAAUAAUGAGGCCAGCGCCUUUCGGCUGGCCGCCGCUGCUGGCCCGACUGCCGAGUUCACAGAAGUUCCUAUCGAUCACAAGAGACCCGAGAAGAAAUACAAGAACAGAUUCUGGGUGAACGAGGCCCAUUACAAGUCUGGUGGCCCCGUUUUUAUCUUCGACGGCGGAGAGGCCAAUGCUAAGCGCUAUGCCGACUUCUACCUGGUCAACCAGACCUCCUUCUUCGUCCAGUUGCUCAAGGAGUUUGGAGGCAUGGGUAUCGUCUGGGAGCACCGCUACUAUGGCGAAUCCAACCCCUUCCCGGUCAAUCUUAACACCACUGCCGAGCAGUUCCAAUACCUGAACAACGAGCAGGCUUUGGCUGAUAUUCCAUUCUUUGCGAAGUCCUUCAAACGAAGUGCCUUCCCCAAGGACGACUUGACCCCGAAAUCUACCCCCUGGGUCAUGGUUGGCGGCUCAUACCCUGGCAUGCGUGCUGCGUUCACCAGGGAUAAAUACCCAGACACCAUCUUCGCCGCUUUUGCUUCCUCAGCCCCGGUGCAAGCCCAAAUUGACAUGAGCGUGUACUACGAACAGGUGUACCGAGGAAUGGUCGCCUACGGCUACGGCAACUGCACCAAGGAUAUCCGCGCUGCAUACAAAUACAUCGACAGAGAGCUGAGCCGGGGUGACAGUGCCGCCCGCAUCAAGAAACAGUUCCUCGGCGAGACCGCUGAAAAGAACAACAAUGGUGACUUCACUCAGGCUUUGAUCUGGACCUAUGCUACCUGGCAGAGCUACGGCGCCAAUGGCGGCGUCGGCGACUUCUGCAACUGGUUGGAGACCGACCCUGAGACCAAGAAGACCGCUCCCGAGGAAGGCUGGGCCCCAACAAAGGGUGCCAAAUGGGUGACAGAUCGAUUCGCCACCUGGCCGAAGCUUGUCAACCGCAUCAACGCCGGUUUCGAGAUCAACUGCAAGCGCGAGAACCCUAACGAGCCCCUCGACUGCGAUCUUGGAAAGCGAGUCGCCGAGCCGUCUGGCCUCGCCUGGACCUGGCAGUACUGCAGCGAAUGGGGAUACUUUCAAUACCAGAACUGGCCGGGCCACGAGCUGCUCUCCAACUACCAGACCGACGAGUACAUCCAGAGAUACCUCUGCUACCGCCAAUUCCCCGACGGCCUCAAGAGCGGCCACCUUCCCGUUCGCCCGAAGGCUCACGAGGUCAACAAAGCCACGCGCGGCUGGCAUAUGCGCCCCUCCAACACCUACUGGAGCGGUGGCCAAUACGACCCGUGGAGAUCUCUCUCCCCUCUCUCCAAUGAGGCCUGGGCCCCCAAGAUUGAGUUCAGCACUGAGAUCCCCGAGUGCAACAAGCCCACCCCUCAGUCCAAGAUCUUCGGCUACGUGAUCCCCAACGCGGAGCACUGCUACGACUUCAGAUCCUCUUUCCGACCCGGAGACGUGUCGAGGAAUCUGCUGCGAUCUGCCCUUCGCAAGUGGCUUCCGUGCUUCAAGAAGAAGGAAUAG